GUCGCAGGCGCCUCCGAGUGUCGGCCGCUCGCGACGGAUCAGUUCGGUUCCAGUUCCAGCUCAGCCUUCACCGCCCGUUUCUCUGGAACACUACAAGUGUUUCCAGUUUCCAGGGUCGGCAGCGAUGGGCGACGCGCGCGCGGCAGGGGCGGACCCCCAGGACGUGGUGAUCUCCGGCAUGGCGGGGGUGUUCCCGCAGUGCGACAGCGUGGACGAGCUGGGAGCCCGGCUGCUGGACAACUCCAGCCUCACCGAGGAGGUGGAGGAUCGCACCGGCUUCAGAGAAAGUAAUGGUCUGCCGAAACUUCACGGCGUAGUCCAGGACAAAGACAAGUUCGACACCACUUUCUUCGGCAUCUCGCACGCGCAGACGUUCCGCAUGGACUCGCUGACCUGGAGGAUUCUGGAGAAGACGUACGAGGCCAUAGUCGACUCUGGAAACAACCCCGCGGCGCUGCGCAACUCCAGGACCGCCAUCAUCAUCGGCUGCUUCGUGAGCGAGUCGGAGUCCUUGUGGCUGGAGCACGGCCAGGCGGAGGGCGGCUUCAGCAUCGUGGGGCACAACCGCUCCAUGCUGUCCAACCGCGUGUCCUACUGGCUCAACACCAAGGGCCCGAGCUACGCGAGCUACUCGGAGGAGCUGGCGGGGCUGAGCGGCCUGGCGCAGGCGCACGAGCUCAUCAGCUCGGGCGAGUGUGACGCAGCGCUGGUGGGCACCAUCGACAUGAUGACACGCGCCGAGCUGCUGUACGCCUACCACGGCCUCGGGAAAGAGAGCCUGCGCAGCAACGCCUGCGUGGUGCUGUACCUGCAGCGAGCCAGAGACGCCAAGCGCGUGUACGCCACAGUGGCGCACGCCGACUACGACUACUGUGGCAGCCGCGAUUCGGGGCUGGUGCGGCCCUCCAGCCAGCACAUUGAGGGUCUGCUGCGCCGCUUCUACCAGCGCUGCCCCGUGCAGCCCGCCCAGCUCGGCUACCUGGAGCUCAGCUGCUGCGGCAUCAAGGCGCACGAAGAGGCGGAGGCGAGGGCCGUGGACGCAGUGCUCCUGGGCCAGAGGAGCGCCCCGCUCCUUGCAGGGUGCGUCAAGUCCAACAUGGGCAACUCCAACGUCUCCGCCGCCAUGUGCGCCAUAGCCAAAAUCCUGGUGGCCAUGGAGAAGCGCGUCAUCCCAGCGACCCUGGAGUACCGGCCGUCCUCUCCGCUGGCCGAGAGCCGGCUGCAGGUGGUGACCGAGAACACCCCGUGGGAGCCCACGUACGCCGCGGUGAGCAACAUCGACUCGUUCGGCGGGUGCGGCCACGCGGUGCUGCGCGCCAACACCAAGAAGAGGCCGGCUUCGGGCGGCGACGACCUGCCGCGCCUCGUGUGUCUGUCGGGGCGGCACGAGGAGAAGAUGCGGCUCAGCCUGGACAAGCUGAGCGCGAUGCCUGCGGACAAGGAGUUCGUCAGACUCGUGCACGACGUCCACUCUGUGAACAUCUCCAACCACAACUACAGAGGGUACGUCAUCGCGCCGUCGGAGAACAGCGUGGCGGAAGUGCAGCACUUCGACGGAUCCAAGCGGCCCGUGUGGUUCGUGUUCUCCGGGAUGGGCAGCCAGUGGGCCGGCAUGGCCACUCACCUCAUGAGGUUGCCCGUCAUAGCUCGCACUCUGCACGAGUGCCACAGGAUACUGCAGCCCAAAGGACUGGACCUCAUCAACAUCCUCACCAGCCAGGAUCCUGCUGUGUUCGACAACAUCCUGCACUCCUUCGUGGGCAUCGCUGCUGUGCAGCUGGCGCUGGUGGACACUCUCAGGCUGCUGAACAUCGAGCCGGACGGCAUCAUCGGGCACUCGGUGGGGGAGCUGGGCUGUGCCUACGCCGACGGCUGCUUCACCCUGGAGCAGAUGAUCCUGGCCGCGUACUACAGGGGCCUGGCUUCUCUGGAGACUGAGCUCAUCGAAGGACGCAUGGCCGCCAUCGGCCUCGGCUACGGCAAGGUGAAGACCCUGGUGCCGCCGACAGUGGACGUGGCUUGCCACAACAGCGAGGACAGCUCGACGAUCUCCGGCCCGUCGGAGGACAUCUCCCGCUUCGUGGAGGAGCUGAAGAGCGGGGGCACCUUCGCCCGAGAAGUGAACGUGUCGGGCAUCGCCUACCACAGCCGCUACAUCGCGUCGGCCGCCCCCAAGCUCCUGGAAUACCUCAAGCAGGUAAUCCCGGAACCCAAGCAGCGGUCGCCUCGCUGGCUCAGCACCUCCGCCCCGGAGGAGCUGUGGAGCACAGACGAGGCCAGAUACUCGUCAGCUCAGUACCACACCAACAACCUGCUGAACCCAGUCCUGUUCGAGGAGACCAGCAAGCACAUCCCCAAGAAUGCCAUACUCAUAGAGAUUGCCCCUCACGGCCUCCUGCAGGCCAUACUGAAGAGGUCGAUGGCAGCGGACUGCAUCAACGUGCCUCUCACGCAGCGAGGGAACCAGAAAGGUCUGGAGUUCCUGCUGUCUGCAAUUGGAAAGAUCUACCUGGCUGGCAAGGAGCCGCUUUUGAGCGCGCUGUACCCACCCGUGCAGUUCCCGGUGUCACAGGGGACACCCUCUAUAGCGUCUCUCACCACGUGGGACCAUUCCAAGAUAUGGCGCAUCCCAGAUACUUUAUACAUCGAAAAAAAGCUGUCAUUGAAUCAUUACAUAACUAUAUCUUUAAAUGAAGGUAAAUAUCAGCUGCUGAAAGAAUAUAGGCUAAAUGGUGAAAUCAUUUUGCCAGUUUCAGUUAUUCUGAUGAAGGUAUGGGAACUAGUAGGAAGCAGACAUUCAAGAGAUUUCAUGAAAAUUCCUGUGAUGUUUGAGAAAAUCUUUGCACCAAAACCUCUGGUUUUUCCAGAGAAUGAGUCGAUCAGCCUUCAUCUCACCAUCCUACAAACCACCGGGAAAUUCGAAGUUUCUGAAUUCCACAAGAACCGUAUCUUCUUAAAGGGUCGGGUGAUGCUGAUGAAUGAUAUUGCACAAGAAUCUGCCGCUGAGAUUUCUUCCCAAACAGAGCACAUGAAAGAACUUACAGCCAGUGAUAUUUACGGAGGGUUAGAGAGAAAGGGAUAUGAGCCUGGAGAAAUGUUCAAAAAAAUUUGCAGAAUGGAACUCUCUGAUAAUGGUUCGACAGCCGUGGUGGAUCGCAGCGACGACUGGGGCGUCUUCGUGGAGUCCCUCCUGCAGCUGGCCGUGUUCCACGCCAACGAGGGCCAGCAGAAGCUGCAGUUCCCCCGGCACAUAGAGAGCCUGCUCAUCAACCCGCUGCAGCCAGUCUCGUCGGAGGAUUGUGUGGCGGUGUUCAACAAAUUCACCCGCUCCGUUUGCUGUGGCGGGGUAAAGAUAACUGGGAUAAGAACAGAGGAACUAGACAAGGACAGCAGGAUCAACGUGAUCAGCCACAGACUUCGAUUCGUGCCCUACCUUAAGACACAGUAUCAGAAUGCUAGAGAGUUUGUGGACACGGCAGUGCAGCUGUUGAUGGAGAAUGUUGGUUCAUUUAGAAGAAGCACUUUAAAGAUGACUGAAAUAGUUAAUGGAUUGCCUGUUAACCUGGGCACAGAAGUGAGAAAUGCAGUCAGCUCGUAUCAUAAGGACAAGGUGGCGCUGAACGCCAUCAGCACGGACGAGGUGCAGAGCGCGGGCGACGCCGCGCUGGGCAGCACUCUCCUCGCGACAGGCUCGACCGUGAGAGAGGCGCUGGCCCUCCUGGAGACCCGCGGGAGCUUCCUGCUGGCGAGGCUGGACCGCGGGGAGCAGCCGGCGCUGGGAGCGUCCGUCGCCGUCGUGGCGGAGCAGCACUUCGGCAGCACCCGCUGGCUCGUCCUCAAGAAGUGCGUGCCGGUCAACGAGAAAUCCACGGUGAUCUACUUGCCCCAGCUUCCAACUGUUGAGUUCUCGGAGACGCUGGUUACAAACGGCUCCUCUAGAUACUACUUCGUGGCUGACACCAGCUCGCUGGAGGAAGUGAAGGAAUUGCUGAGCCGCGCGACGGCCCAAAUAAAGACUAACCUCAAGAGUUGCAGGUUUGUCUUCCUGAUGGAUAGACAAGCUCCGCCAUUCUCGCUGAGUGAUCAGUUUUACACCAAGCAGUUGAGCCUGGACCUGGUGGUGAACAUCUACUGCAACAAGGCGUGGGGCAGUCUGCGGCACUUGGAGGCAUCGCCCCAGUCGGCAGCGGGUCGCAACGACCUGCACAGGCUGACGGCGGCACUCGGAUUCGAUGACUUUGAGUGGUCUUGUGUUGGCAUCAACUUAAAAAAUUUGAGCAAAGGAAAGCAGGACGACAUCAGCCUGGGUGUAGUGGAAGUGUCCGGCCGCACUCCCGACGGGCGAAGAGUGAUGUGCUUGGCACGCCUGGAGCCGGGGAACGCACGGCUGACCAUGGAGCCGCGCCUGAUGUGGCCCGUGCCUGAAACCUGGAGCCUAGAGGACGCUGCAACCGUGCCGCUCGCGUACGUGAUGGCGUACUACUCCCUGGGCCUGAAAGCAAGGAUCGGCAACAGCCUGCUGGUCCUGCCCGGGAACUUGCUCCUGGAGCAGACCUACGUGGCGGUCGCCCUGCACUUGGGCCUGGAGGUGUGUGUCGCAGUCCUCGACGACCGGCACAGACACUUCUUCCGCGGCAAGUUCCCGCAGCUGCAAGACAGCAACAUUAAGGACUUUCGGGAGAAAAACUUUGCAGUUAAGUUACUGCAGUCCCGUAACGGUUCAGGCUUUCACAACAUUGUCAAUUUAUCAGACGAUCUACCUCUGCGGAUGGUGACGUCCCUUGUAUGCAGCUAUGGCAACAUACUGCAGCUGACCAGGACAGCGAUGGAGCAGAACCAGGAGUUCGGUAUGGCACCAUUUUUAGACGCCAUAAGCUUGAAUGGCAUCAUACCAGAGUUGUUUUUCGAAAUGCACGAUACCUGGAAGCAGCAGUUGCAUGACGCAGUGGCGGAAGGAAUAGAGGCCGGCGUAGUUCUGCCGUUUGAUAAACAGCUGUUCACUUUCUCACAGGAAAAAGAGAUAUUUAAGACACUUUGUGAUGGUGACUUUGUGGGGAAGGUGGUCAUCACAAAGAAGAAAAACCACAAGUACCAAGUCAAAAACAGCGCACCAGAGUGGAAGGAAAAUGAUACCAGACCUUCGUUCGUUAUUGAUUCCAGAAACUCUUGCUUGAUUGUCGGAGACGAGCUGGCGGACUGCGUGGACCUGGCGGAGUGGCUGGUGGACCGCGGCUGCCGGCACCUGGCCGUGUGGUGCCGGGAGAGAGCCGUGUCCAGCCUGACGAGGAGGCGCCUGCACCUGCUCAGGACGCAGCACCGCGCCCACGUCGCGGUCUCGCCCCUCGAGGCGUCCCGCAUCCUGCAGGACUCUGCCGGCACGCCCGAGCCCUUGGCCGCCGUCUUCAUGCUCCCGGUGAGAGACGCAGAGCUGGUGAGUCUGCUGGACGUGGUGCUGGGCGACCGGUCGGUGCAGCGCUACGUGCUGCUCAUGCACGGCGCCGCGCACGGGGCGGCCGGCGCGAGGAGGCGGCGGGGACUGCCCGUGCUGGACGUGCAGUGGGACGGCCGGCACGGGGCGGCCUCGCUGCGCCACGUCCUGCGAGAGCUGGACGAGCUGCUGGCGCGCAUGCCGGGCGACACCGUCUACCUCUCCGUCCCCAACAACUGCACGGCUGAUAAAGCCUCGUCGGGCAACCAGCUGCCCAUGCUGCUGCCCGGGAGCCUGGGGGAGCUGGCGGCCCUGGGGGAGGACCUGGCGAGCCGGGGGGCGUGCUCCCUGGAGGAGACGUGCACGCGCAGCCCGCGCACGGCCCACGUGCGGGAGAUGCACCCCGUGUUCCUGGUGCCCGGCCUGCAGGGCCCCGCGUCGGGGCUGGGCCGCCUCCUGGCCUGCCCGGCCGUCCUCGUGCACGCGCCCCGCGGCACCGCCGCCGCCGCCGCCGUGGCGCAGGACAUGCGGGAGCUGCAGCGAGGAGGGGUGUACAACAUCGUGGGGGUGUCGUGGGGCGGAGUGUACGCCCUGGAGAUAGCCCGGCAGCUGCAGGCCGUGGGAGAGAAGACCCGCAUGUUCCUGGUGGACGGGGUGCCCCAGACGAACCAGGCCAUCGCCCGGCUGCUGGGCGAGGGGGCACAGCUGCAGGUCAACCUGCUCGCCACGUUGCUCAACAUAACCUCCAGCCAGGUGCGCGACGCUCUCACGCAGCUCCCGGACUGGGACGCCCGCCUGCGAAGAGCACUCGCAGAGCUGCCGCCCUCCCAGCAAUCCAGCAAGGAGAACAUACGCUGCGCCAUAGAGAGCAUAUACUCCCGGGUCAACACUUUGUUGAGCUACCAGCCCUGCGGGACCUUGCUGGACGGAGAAGCCACUCUGAUACUAUCCAACGUCAUCGCAGAUAGCGACAGAGAAAUUCAGAAGUGUUUCAAGAAUGAAGUGAACAUGGUGUUGGUGGACGGCAACCGCAGGACGCUAGCAGAGAGCAGGGAAACUGCCUCCAUCAUAUCUGAGAACAUAGCAGUUGAUUUAUACUGGAGCAGAGACAACAUUCCCAGUGCAGUACGCUGCUCAUAAUCAGAGUACACGCAUAGCAACAUUGUUUGUACAGACACUACAUAAAUAUGUUUAUUUAGUUAUUAAUAUCAAAUUAAAUAAUAUAGUUUGGCUGUUGAAUCAAUGUGACUUAAUUUUUAUAUCACAGAGAUUCUUAGAAAUACAUGAUACACAGCUGUUUGUAAUUUGUGCUUGAUUUCUGAAAUGUGAUAUAUAUAGUUCUUGCCAUUGUUUUUCAAGUGUAAUCUAAUAAUAGUUUGUUAGCCCUUUUCAAUGCUUUUUUCUUAAAAAAAAAAAAACUUAUUUGUUACAGUUGACACACAUUGUGAGAUUUUUAUAUGAAUCACAAUACACCACAUAACACUGAAAUGCAAUAAAACUAUUAUAUUUAUCCACAUAUGUAUUCAAAAUUAACUCAGAUUUCAAAACACAUUAUCUUUAGUAUAUCAAAUUGAAUGAUUGUAAAAUUUUUUACCUUGGUCUUAGUACCAAAAUGUAAGUACUGAAUAGAUAGGAAAAUUUGUGCUUUUUUGAUAGUGCAACUGCUAUUAGUAACUAAUUAUUACAUUAAGACAUACGUAGAUACAUUUUUCAAAUGCACAUAUAAUUGCUGAUUUUAUUUUUAUUGUUCCCAGUAGAUAGACAUGCUAAUUACAAAUUAUUAAAUUGUAAAAGUGUAUCUUCAUUCAGUUGAAAUGACACUGUUUUGGUGAAGUAAUUCUCUCUGAACAAUUAAGUGUCACAUUUGUUUAAAAUUGUGUUAUCUUUAUGAAUAAACAAGAGUUUAUAAAAAUAAAAACAACACUGAAAUAUAAGGUUUAAAAAAAUUGGCUUAAAAAUAAAACUAUGAAAUCUUGUAUCUAGUUAUUAAUCUUAGUUUUUUUUUAUUACAAUGUAAAAUAUCUGCAUUUAAGUUUCUAGAAAAAAAAAGUUUUUAACGUAACUCUUGAAAUAAGUUUUUUGUUUAAGACCUUGCCUAAAUGAUGUUAACAUAUUUUCAGGGAAAAUAAGUUAUAAUUUUUAAACAUUAUAUACACAUACAGUGGAGUGAUUUAUUUAGAUAUAAUGUUUGAUGGACUGAGUUGUUUAAGUUCUGAAUAUUUAGCAACACACUUAUAAAAAAACUGGAAAUGGAUAUUGCCUAGAGAGUAUGUUUUGAUUUGUCACAUGAAAUUAAACAUGCAUUUGUGUUUUUAUUUUAUU